UUAAGUAUAAAAAGGGGAAGACGAGGGAGCCAGUCAUUUCAAAAUAAAAGAGUCGAGCUGUCCCAUUUACUGCCCUUCAUCUUCUUCCUUCCUUUCUUUGUGGAAUUUUUUUUUUAAAACAGCUGUUGUUGUCUGUCUGUGUUGUUCGACCCACCCUGUGAUCAGCAUCAUCAUCAUCAUCAUCCCUGUGAAUUUGAGAGAGGGAUUUAUUCUAUGGGGAACUGUUGCUCCGAUGUUUCAUCCGGCCCUGGUGCCAUAGCCGGCGUUGGUGGAACUGCUUCCUCCUCCGCUCUCAGCGGCACUACUAACGACGCUGUUGAUUACUAUCUCAAGUCUCGAGGUUUCACCGGACUCUUCUCUCAGAUCGAGCUAUCGUUUUCUGCUUCUAAUUUGCGAGACCGUGACGUGCUUUCCAAGAGUGAUCCUAUGGUGGUUGUCUAUAAAAAGGAAAAAGAUGAAACACUUUCUGAAGUGUUCCGCAGCGAAGUAGUUUUGAACUCCUUAGCUCCUAAAUGGAUUAAGAAAUUUACACUCGCUUACCAUUUCGAGACUCUUCAGACAUUCUUGUUUCGUCUGUAUGAUGUUGACACCCAGUAUCAAAAUUCAAAAGAGGAGAGGCUUAAGCUUGACCAACAGCAAUUUCUUGGUGAGGCAACAUGUGCUUUGUCUGAGAUAAUCACAAAAUCAACUAAGACGAUUACAUUAGAGCUCAAGCGUAAAGAAGGCUUUGCCGCACAGACUCAGCAUCACCAUGGAAAGCUUAUUAUCCAUGCUGAGGAGUCCCUUGCUUCUAAGGUUACAACAGAGAUAGUAUUCAGAUGUUCGAGUUUGGAAUCUAAGGAUCUUUUCUCAAAAAGUGAUCCAUUUUUGGUGGUGUCAAAGAUUGUGGAGCAUGGAACUCCAAUCCCAGUGUCUAAAACUGAAGUCCUGAAGAACAAUCUUAAUCCUAUCUGGAAACCACUCUUUCUAAGUGUUCAGCAAGUUGGGAGUAAGGACAGCCCACUGAUAAUAGAAUGCUCAGACUUUAAUUCCAAUGGCAAACACAGUCUCAUCGGAAAAGUUCAAAAAUCGCUCUCAGACUUGGAAAAACUUCAUUUGUCUGGCCAAGGAAUCAACUUAUCUUUGCCUACCAGUGGUGGACAAAACAAGGUAUUAAAGAGCCAGCUUUUUGUGGACAAGUUUACAGAGACUGUCCAGCACACAUUCCUGGAGUACUUGGCAUCUGGGUUUGAAUUAAGCUUUAUGGUAGCAAUCGAUUUCACAGCUUCAAAUGGAAAUCCACGCCUCCCUGAUUCUUUACACUACAUUGAUCCUUCAGGACAUUUAAAUGCUUACCAGAGAGCAAUAGUGGAUGUUGGAGAAGUAUUGCAGUUCUAUGACUCAGACAAACGUUUCCCAGCCUGGGGAUUCGGAGCUCGUCCAAUCGACUCUCCAGUUUCACAUUGCUUUAACCUCAACGGAAGCAGUUCAUACUGUGAGGUGGAUGGUAUUCAAGGAAUCAUGACUUCAUACACAAGUGCGCUCUUCAACGUUUCUCUUGCAGGGCCUACCCUUUUUGGUCCGGUUAUAAACUCCGCUGCAAUGAUAGCUAGCCAGUCUCUAGCUCAAGGCUCACGGAGAUAUUACGUCUUAUUAAUCAUCACAGAUGGUGUAAUAACAGAUCUUCAAGAAACAAAAGACGCAUUAGUCAGUGCAUCGGAUUUACCGUUAUCAAUCCUCAUUGUUGGAGUUGGAGGAGCCGAUUUCAAAGAGAUGGAGAUACUAGACGCGGACAGAGGUGAACGGCUAGAGAGCUCGAGCGGGCGUGUGGCUUCACGUGAUAUCGUUCAGUUUGUAGCACUACGAGACGUGCAAUAUGGAGAGGUCUCGGUAGUACAAGCGCUUCUUGCAGAACUGCCUUCACAGUUUUUGGCGUAUAUGAGAAUCCGUAAUAUGAAACUUGUUCCUGUGUAAAUAUGAUGGAUCGUUUGUGUAAAUGAUUUGCCAAAGGAAAGUGUACAUAAAAUAUACUUUACACGGUGCAAUUACGUUUGUAUUUUUUUUUCUCUGAAUCUUGGAUGUAAAAAGUUUCGAAUGAAGCGACUUGUAAUACCACACUGGGGUUGGUUUUGCCUUGAGUAUUGUAAAUGCAAAUGAUUUACGUUUA